AUGCAAAGUUCUCGUGGUGGCAGAAUUUCUAAGACGGUGAUCCUGCAAUUAAUUCUCGUCUUGGCGUCGAUAUACAAUGUUCAGUGCAGGAAUAUCUUGUCCGUCGAGUUUUUCGGGGGGAAAAGCCACGUGCUUACGUAUCUCCCCCUGCUGGAGGAAUUGGCGAGAAAGGGGAACAAUGUGACGCUAAUCGCCCCAGCCAAAGGGCUCACCAAGGAGCCCAACAUUCACCAAAUCCACAGCAUCGAUUUUGACCUGAUUUGGAAAGACUAUGACCUCUUCGCCCUGCAAGAGAGGAACGAGCACAUGAAUCCGUUCACCCUCUUUACCCGCCAUCUUCCCAAAUAUUGCCGGGAAAUGUAUGACCGUCCCGAAAUCCAAUCCCUGUAUGGACAAGACUUCGACCUAAUCAUCCUCCAAAAUCUAUUUAAUGAAUGUUCCCUCGGAUUUGUGUAUAAAAUUAUGACCGGAAACGGGACCAAGAAAUCGACCCCGCUCGUGCUUUUCUCCGUUAUCAGUGCGCAUUACGGGAUCGUGAAAUAUGUCGGGGGUCACUACCCGAGUUCGUUUGUGUCCAAUCCGUUCCUCAACUUUGGUGAUGAAAUGACCUUCACGGAAAGGUUUGUGAACUUUGGGGUGAACUAUUUCUUCCAAGCGGUCUUCAGUUUGUACUAUGUUCCCGUGAUGGAGGACGUCUACAAGGAAAAGGUUGGGCGGGAUGUUCCCCGAGCCGAAGAGAUUUUGGGCAUGACUUCCCUGAUUUUGUCGAAUGGGCAUUUUUCGCUUAGUCGACCCAAACCAAACCUCCCCGAUGUGGUGGACGUUGGCGGGAUGCAUUGCCGAAAGGCGGAGCCACUGCCGAAGGAAAUUGACGACUUUCUCGCCUCCGGAAGAGGAGGGGACGCCGACGACGCAGGUUUUAUCCUCUUCUCCCUCGGGACAAACCUUCUCUCCAGCGCGAUGUCUCCUCAAAAGCGGGCCGUCUUUGUCUCCGUUUUUGCCCGUCUGAAGCAGAAAGUGAUUUGGAAAUAUGAAUCAGACGAUGUUCCAAUGAACGUUUCAAAGAACGUUUUUCUUAGCAAGUGGAUUCCCCAGCAGGGGCUCCUCGGACAUCCGAAAAUUCGCCUAUUCAUCACGCACUGUGGGGGUGGAGGGACUGAGGAGGCCGUCUUCCAUGGAGUUCCCCUUAUCGGAAUCCCCUUCUACGGAGAUCAACCUCUUAACGCACAGUCCGCCGAGAAUCGCGGCUACCUCGUCCGUUUAGAGUGGAACGACUUGACGGAAGACAGACUCCUGGAGGCAAUAAAUGAAGUCCUCAAUAAUCCUAGAUAUCGGAAAAGUGUGCAGGAAUUAUCCGCCAUUUUCCGGGACCAGGUCGACAAUCCGUUGGACAGGGCAGUAUUCUGGGUGGAAUAUGUCAUGCGUCACAAUGGCGCUCCUCACCUCAGAUCGGCGGGGCGAAACCUAUCCCUAAUUCAAUACCACUCACUCGAUGUCGUCGCGGCGUACCUGGUCAUUAUAUUUGCUUCGCUUUUUGUGCUCUUUAUCCUCGCCAAAAAAAUUCUCAACUUGUUUGGGCUUAUGCUUCCUAAACCGAGCAAGUAUAAAACUACGUAG